AUAUCGGCGGUUAGAUGAACUUAUCACAAUAUCUUUAAACUGUUGACAUAUCUAGAUAAAUCAUUCGUACACUGGAGAAAUCAUUAUUUGACAUCUGUUAAAACAAUUCGGCGAACGAAAUGUCGGGAGCUAAGUUUGUGAUUGUUCUGAGUUGUGUUGCAUUAGUUUCGGGCUAUCCAAAUUAUUAUGAGACCAAAACGUUCCGUGUUGGUAUCGAAUAUGACCAAUCCUUGCCAAUGCACGGGGGUUCAGAUCGCUUCAGGCACAGAAAUAAUUACGACCCGUUCUUCGUGACAGUCACCACGGAAGCAAGGGAUGGAUACGUUAUAACCUUCUUGGACGUAUCAGCGACCAUAGAUGGAUUAGGUGAGGUGACCUUCAACAUGGUGAAGGGUCAGACUGGUUCCAAAACGAUGGUGUUCCAGCUGGUGUCCAACCACAGUGACUUCCUUACUUAUGACUACCUCUGUUAUGGAAUGAAAGAAGAGGACUAUAAAAAGGUGAAUGCUGCUUCAAUGAUUCCAUAGGUGGCCAACGUAAUAACCGUACCACUGCCAAAUAACGGACAUCGAUUACUACAUAGUUGUUUAAGCAUACUUCUAAUAUCUUUGUGUCGUAUUAUUUUAGGUAAUUUCAUAUCAUGAUCUAAAUCAAAAUAUAAGUACUUUAAUACAAAU